UCAUUUCAUUAACCAUACUUCAAGUAUCCCAUCACUAUUUUGUCUCCGUUUCUUUUUAUACCAUCCCUGUCUGCCUGUUGAUUGUUAAUUUUUGAGUUAUGGGUGUUGAAUCUGAUAUCCCUAUCAUUGCCCCGUACAUCCAUGAUGCUAGGUACCAUGCCCAUCCCUAUUUUCUAAGUACUACCAUACUUAGUGAUAAACAGGCUAUCGAUGCAAAACUUGUCCAAGCUGUGAGUAGAAAUCGCCUGGUUCCAUCUUUUGCACCUACACUCAUACUGGCGAGUCAGUGAGAGCUUAAACCUCACCGAAGACUAGUAGCUUGUCACGUGCACUCUCGCCAUACGUGAGCUGCUUGGCUAGAUGGUGAUCACAAGGUGAGAGACAGGCUCAAAGCAGACACACAAAACUGUAUAUUGAAAAAAGAAAAUCAAUGUAUCAGCUAUUUUAAUCAACAUUACACAUCAUGUUUUGCAGGAUACAUCUCCUACUUCGUAAAAUUCUGUUCAACUUGUCGAAAAUUAACAGAAAAAACCAAGGUUUCAUAAUGUUACUUUUGUUAGCUAACUAGGUUCAUAUCACAAAUUAGGAACCUCGUAGUAACGUCAAUUUGAAUUAGCUAGGCACUAAACUAUGAUAUAUAGCUACCAAUAAAAUUGUGAUGCCGGUACUUAGAUUGUAUAAGUAUCCACAUGUAUACAUCAACAAACAGCCUCACGGAUCAGGCUGUAAACGGUGUUCGUGGCUAUAACUUGGUACUCUAACAAUGAAAGUUGGUUGACUAAUGUAUUAUGUAUAGUGAAGAAACAUGAGAAGGAUCGAGUGAAAAACUGAUAUCGACAGCAACUACAUGACGUGACCAAUUAGUGGUUAUGUUUGCUCGUGCGUAUUGCAUACAUAUCCAAAUAACUUUGAAGAGAUUUUGUAAAGGACGAAGAACACAGUAUUGUAUAUACAACUGGUUAGUUGAGUGAACAUGUUUUAGACUGCACACAAUGCGGUUACAACGCAUAACGGAGGAGCUGUCUCAUGUUCUUCGGAAAUGAAAUAUAGCUACACAGGAGGGAGUACACUUAUGCUUCACGACAAUAUUAUAAGGCUUGUGUGUAGGACAUCAUGAGCAGGCAAUGUCAGUUUGAAGUGUACUACUGCAUACUGCAAGCGAAGCGAGUUUACCUAGUCAUUUCUAUAUAUUAUAUAUUGUAUGUGACAACACUACCGUAAUGUUCUAUGUGAUACUAAGUACACGCAAAACACGUGCGAAAUAUGGAACUGCUGCUGCAUGGCAUUCGUUCUCCGAUGACAAAAACAAGCACUGUUGGACCUACUGUAAUGUUUUAUGUAAAUAGAUCAAAUCGUGAGUUCCACAUGUGACUCUUGAUGUUGGCUCACCAAUGAGGUGUUGCAUUUAUUUUACCUCCUGGUUUCUGCAGGUUCUCUAGUGUAUCCUGUAUUGAAAAACUUGUCUCCCUUGGCCGAUGCUUUUCAUUCUCAACACCAAAAUGUAGUCAGUUCCUUGUUGACUCAACUCCAUUCUCAAAGAUCAUACUCGAAGAAUCAACUAACUACUACUGAAGAAUUUCACAUAUCAGAAGAAAACAAGCCAAGCGUAGUCCUCUCAGGUGGCACCAAUAACUCUGGAUCUGAGUAUCAUGUAAAACUACAGGAAUUAGGCACUCUCAAUCUAUCUUAUAAUAAAGGAUCGAGUAACCAAAGGUGGUAUCCUAACCGCAAAGUUGUUCAUGAUUCUUCUGUUGUAUCAAAACUGAAAGAGAAAGACAAACGCUGGCACAAGAUGCAGAGGUUUCACGCUCAAAACAGAGGUGCAGGCUUAUCUGCUGGUCUAUUGCAGUUGGCUGGGCUUCAACUUCCACAUAGCCUAAGUCUUCACGAGAGAGGAUUUCCAGAUUGGCAUAAUACAUCAUUCGUACAAACUCCUAUGUUAACCCUUCAAAAGUUUCAGAAAAAACAAAUGGAGAAAUAUUGCCUUGGAAAUGGGAACAUCAUUGGUAAUUUGCCUUCUACUCCACAAUCGCUGACAAAGUUAUUUACACAUCUACUUUAUGAUGAUUCUAAAAGAAUUGUAUUUUGCUAUGUUCCUAAGAAUGGCUGCUCGAAUAUGAAGAGACUAUUGCUGAUUUUAAACGGGCUGUUACCACCUGAAGCAUCUAAGCAGAGUAGACCAUCAGAAAUGCUCCUUAAAAAGCGUUUGUUCGUUCAAAAAAUACAAUGGAACUAGUGAAUGAAUACUAUAGGCUGAUACCAUGGAGAGAAAAGACUGCACUAUUCAAUGCUUUUCGAAAAGAUUUAAACUUGUAUUACUCACUCUAUCCUGAAGAGACUGGUGCUCACAAACAGUUACUCAUUGAGAGCGAAGAUUUGUGAUUGUAUGUGUAAAUGUAUGGAUAUUUAUUUUUGUGAGAUUUUAAAUUUGGAUAUUAUGUAUAUGGGGUGGUGCAAGGCUAGUAAUUACUUGGAAACCUCUUCAUCCUCUCUUCACUGGCACUGUUUCCGUUGUGUGUAUAUACAUGAUCCAUGUUAUAAUUAA